AUGGCGUCUAUGUCUAUGUCGUCGACUCUCUUACGGUCCCUACGAGGGGUUCAGUGCAAGCCCUGCCAAAUCAAACACCUCCCACUGUCACAGACGAGACAGUCUCUACUACGGCCGUCACCGUUGAGCAGAUACGCCCAUCCGGACAGACGCAAUGCCUUCUCUACCUCUGAGGUGCGGCCAGCUAAGACAAUUGAACAGCUAAAGGCCCGCUCGUCCACCGGCCCGUUCUCGUGGAAGUCGGCGUCGCUCUUCGUGCUCACGGGAGCUGGCAUGAUUGUAUAUUUCCAGUACGAAAAGGCGCGGCUGGAGCGAGAGAGGAUAGUAGAGAUGAGCAAGGGCGUUGGGAAACCCCGUGUGGGCGGCCCGUUCGUGCUAAAGGACCUCAACGGAGAGACCUUCACUGAGGAGAAUCUCAAGGGGAGAUACAGCUUCGUCUAUUUUGGGUUCACACACUGCCCCGACAUCUGCCCUGACGAGCUGGACAAGAUGGCAGAGAUCAUCGACGAGGUGAAGGCCAGGUCGAACGGACAGGAGGUGAUGCGGCCGGUGUUUAUCACCUGUGAUCCGGCACGGGACAGCCCAGAGGUGCUGCGGGCGUACCUAAAGGAGUUCCAUAAGGACAUCAUCGGCCUGACGGGCACGUACGAGCAGGUCAAAGACGUCUGUCGACAGUACCGGGUCUACUUUAGCACUCCGCAGAACAUCAAGCCCGGCGAGGACUACCUGGUCGACCACAGCAUAUACUUUUACUUGAUGGACCCUGAAGGUGACUUUGUCGAGUGCAUUGGGCGGCAGGACACCCCUCAAACAGCCUCGAAGGUGAUUCUGGACCAUAUUGGAGACUGGAAGAGGGCCGGCAAGCCGCUUGACGUAUAA